AUGGUGGCCAAUCUACUUUCCAAUGGGCUGCUGCUCGUGCAGCUCUUUGCUGCCCUAGCUCUGGGCAAGCCAAGCAGCACCCCUCUCUACAAGGAUCCCAAAGCUUCAGUCGACGAUCGAGUGAAGGACUUGCUGAGCCGAAUGACCAUUGAGGACAAGAGAUCCCAGUUGAUCCAGGGUGAUCUUACCAACUGGAUGAACCAGGACACCGGAGCAUUCAACUACACCGGCCUGGUCAACAGCAUGCAAAUGAAGUCGGGCAUGUUCUAUGCCGGACAACCCGUUCCUUGGGAGUGGCUCUCUGAGAACAUCAAGAGAGCCCAGGACUACCUCGUCCAGAACACCACUCUGGGAAUCCCAGCCAUUGUUCAGAGCGAGGGUAUCCACGGAUUCUUGAUCGGUAAUGCCACCAUCUUCAACUCGCCCAUUGCCUAUGGAUGCUCGUGGAAUCUCGAGCUUAUCGAGAAAAUGGCGGAAAUCACCGCACAGGAAGCUAAGGCACUUGGUGUUAACCAGCUCUUCGCCCCUGUUGUCGAUCUCGCUCGUGAGCUUCGAUACGGUCGUGUCGAGGAAACCUACUCCGAGGAUUCUUACCUUGCCGGUGAAAUUGGUUACCACUACGUCAAGGGUGUUCAGAGCAAGAAGGUCUCCGCCAUGGUCAAGCACUUUGCUGGCUUCAGCGCCCCGGAGCAGGGACUCAACACCGGCCCAGUUCACGGUGGUGAGAGAGAGCUGCGCACAACUUGGUUGCCUCCUUUCAAGCGCGCUAUUAUCGAUGCUGGUGCUUGGUCCAUCAUGGCUGCUUACAGCUCAUACGACGGAAUUCCCGCUGUCUCUGACUACCACACUCUCACCGAGAUUCUGCGCGGAGAGUGGGGUUACGAUUACUUCGUCAUGACCGAUGCCGGUGGCAGUGACAGAGUCUGCUCCUACUUCAAGCUCUGCGAGAGCAACCCUAUUGACAAGGAAGAGGUUACCACGCAGCUGCUGGAGGCUGGAACCGACGUUGAGAUGGGAGGUGGUUCAUUCAACUUCGAGAAGAUCCCCGAGCUUGUCAAAGCCGGCCAACUCGACAUCAAUGUUGUCGACACUGCUGUCUCUCGCCUGCUCCGCGCCAAGUUCGAGAUGGGUCUCUUUGAGAACCCUUACCCUGCUGCCCCUAAGGAUCAGUGGAAGAAGCUCAUCAACAGCCCUGAGGCUGUCCAGAUUGCCCGUGACUUGGAUAAGGAGUCUAUCGUUCUUCUUGAGAACCACGAGAACGUCCUGCCCCUGAAGAAGUCCAGCAAGAUUGCCGUCAUUGGCCCUAUGGCUGGUGUUGAUGGUCUCAUGAACUACGGUGAUUACGUUGUCUACCGCAGUCAAUACCGCGGUGUCACUCCCCUCGAGGGAAUCAAGGCUGCUGUUAACGACGAGUCCCAGGUCUUCUAUGCUGAGGGAUGCGAUCGCGCCAGCACUGACGAGUCAGGCUUUGCUGAGGCCAUUGAGGCCGCAGAGAAGGCUGAUGUCGCUGUCGUCGUUGUCGGAACCUGGUCUCGUGAUCAGGGUGAACUCUGGACCGGAGUGAACGCAACCACUGGUGAGCACGUUGACACCGACGAUCUCUCCCUUGUUGGUGCCCAGGGACCUCUCAUCAAGGCCAUUACCAACACCGGCAAGCCUACCAUUGUCGUCUUCUCAAGCGGCAAGCCCAUCACCGAUACCUGGAUUGCCAACUCCACCGCUGCUCUCGUGCAACAGUUCUACCCCGGUGAGCAGGGUGGUAACGCCCUUGCUGACGUCCUCUUUGGUGACUACAACCCCUCCGGCAAGCUCUCCGUCAGCUUCCCCCGCUACGUUGGUGAUCUCCCCAUCUUCUACGACUACCUCAACUCCGGCCGCUCCAUGGGUGAUGUCGGCCACAAGUACGACAACGGAACUCUCGUUUUCGGCCACUCAUACGUUCUCGGUGAUGCCUCGGCCUGGUACCCCUUCGGCUACGGCAAGAGUUACUCCACCUUCAAGUACGGAAAGAUCAAGGUUGACAAGACCAAGAUCACCGCAUCUGAGAAGACCGUCACUGUCAGCGUUGAGGUCACCAACACUUCCAAGCGUGAUGGUACCGAGGUUGUCCAGGUCUACAUCCAGGAUGACAUUGCCUCCGUUGUUGUUCCUAACCGCCAGCUCAAGGGCUUCAAGAAGGUCGUCAUUGCUGCUGGAAAGACCAAGACUGUCAAGAUCCCCAUCAAGGUUGAGGAGAUUGGUCUCUGGAACUCUCGCAUGCAGUAUGUUGUUGAGCCCGGUCAGUUCACUGCCCUUGUCGGCAGCAGCUCCGAGGACAUCCGUGGCAAUGCCACUUUUGUUGUUCGUCGUUGA